AUGACGGAAGGUUAUGCUGGUCACAGAUUUGUGGUUGCAGCUGCUAAUCAACCUCCAUUUGUCUUUAGAAGGAUCAAAGCAGAUUUAGAUGGUGGAAAUCCUCGAGUAGUUUGGGAUGGAAUUGAACUACGUCUAAUCAAGUUAUUGGCUGAAAGGAACAACUUUUCUAUAGAAAUUAUUGAACCUCGAGAGCCUAAUUUAGGGCCUGGUGAUGCUGUUGCUAAAGAAAUAACAACAGGACGAGCAGACAUAGGAAUCGCUGGAAUGUAUUUAACCAAUGAUAGAAUAAGGGAUAUGGAUAUGUCUUUAGCACAUUCUCAAGAUUGUGCUGUUUUUAUAACUUUGAUGUCGACUGCAUUACCUCGUGGAGAAAUAGAAAAUAUGUUCUGGUAUGUUUUUGGUACUUUUACAAAUUGCUUCACGUUUCUUGGCAAGAAUUCUUGGAGCAAGACGAAUAAGAUUACAACAAGGCUAUUGAUUGGGUGGUACUGGAUUUUCACAAUAAUAAUCACAAGUUGUUACACUGGAUCUAUUAUAGCAUUUGUAACAUUACCAGUGUUUCCUGAAACCGUUGAUACUAUCAAGCAGUUGUUGGCUGGAUUUUAUAGAGUCGGCACUUUAGAUCGUGGUGGUUGGGAAAAAUGGUUCCUGAAUUCAUCUGAUCCCAAAACAAAUAAGCUGCUGAGGAAACUUGAACUGGUACCGAAUGUAGAAGCAGGAAUCAGAAAUACAACCAAGGCAUUCUUCUGGCCCUACGCCUUUUUAGGAUCCAAAGCCGAACUUGAGUACAUUGUACAAGCAAAUUAUACAGCAUCUAAAUCGAAGCGCGCAGUCCUACACAUUUCCAACAAAUGCUUCGUGCCAUUUGGAAUUACCAUUGGAUUUCCAAAUAAUUCUGUGUACUCAGCUAAAAUGAACUUGGAUAUCAGCAAAAUGAUUCAAGGUGGUUUAAUUGAUAAAAUCACUAAUGAAGUUCGCUUUGAAAUGCAAAGGAGUCCUACUGGAACUUUAUUAGCUGCUGGUAGCGGCACAAUAAAAAUCCCAUCUGCCGAAGAAAAAGGCCUAACCCUAGAAGACACACAAGGCAUGUUCCUUCUUCUAGCGGCUGGUUUCACAAUAGCAGCCACAGCGCUAGUAUCUGAAUGGAUGGGUGGCUUCACAAGGCGAUGUAGAUUCAAGAAAAAAUCCGACACACCAACCAGCGCUGAUUCAAGGGAGAAAUUUAUAAUUACCCCAAAAACUGAUGUUGAUAGCGAAAUAAAGCUUAUAGAAGACACUGAGAGUAGACUGCAUUUUGGGAGUAGACCGUCUACUACAGUUUCUGUUGAUACUUUAGAAGGUCAAGUGAUACAUGUGACGGAAAGCAGUAUCGAUGUCCAUAAUACUUUCAACGUUGACAGGUUUGAUUCUAGAAGGUCCAGUUCGCUGGAUUUGGAUAGAGAAGUUCGUGAAAUAUUUGAAAAAGACCAGAAAAGACGUAGGAUUUUUUCUCGUGAUAUGGAAUCUUUGGAUGAAAAUGGGAGCACCGUAUCUAGGGCAGCGUUUGGUGACUCAGUCAAAAAUGAUAUAUGA